AUGGGGAACGUGUCGCCCACUCCACAGCAGCUCUUCACAGAGGCUCUCAUCUUCUGGUCUAUUGGUCUUGUGAUUUAUGUUGGCAGAAUUGCGGCUCGAAUUAUUGCCAAUGGAUCAUUUAAACGUCUAUUUGUGGAUGAUUAUGUUAUGACAGCUACAUUUGCGAUCUAUACCACCCUUCUUGUACUGAUCCAGAUAUCAGCCCGCUAUGCAACAAAUCUCAUGGACCCGAAGGACUACGACGCGGUGCUGAAGGAUCCAAAACAGGUCAGCGACAGGAUAUACGGAAGCAAAAUCGUUAUUGGGUUGGAGCAAUGCAUGUUGAUCUCCACUUGGGGGGUGAAGACAUGCAUGCUCAUGCUCUACUGGCGGAUCACCCAAAACCUACGAUCAAACCUCUACAUCAAGAUCCUCGCAGUCUAUACGGCAGUUGGAUUCGUGGUCAUCAUGGUAACCUAUUAUGCGGUAUACUGUCGACCCUUUUCGCAAUACUGGGCCAUGCCCGUGGAUAACAUGCAGUGCGCCACAUAUCAGCGCUACUCCAUCACGCAGGCCGUCUUCAACAUCUCCUCGGAUGCAGUGAUGUUCGCCAUUCCCAUUCCACUUCUCAUCCGAGCCCAACUCAAGCGGCGCAGGAAGGUUGUCCUGAUCGGCGUCAUGAGCCUGGGCUUGUUCACGAUCAUCGCCGCCAUUUUGAACAAAUACUUCAAUUUUGCCUCUCCUCUCACCACAACCUAUCAAAUCUGGUAUAUCCGGGAAGCGAGUACCGCGAUUUACGUGGCGAAUUUGAUGUGCUGGUGGCCAUUGCUGCGAAAGCUCUUCGGUCUCAAAGCUUUCCAGUACAACAGCAACCGAGGCCAGCGACCUGGAAACCAAAACAACAACAAAGAUAGCAGUGGCUCUGGAACGUCCAAUGGUUCGCAAUCCCGCCCAUCGUUCACUUUCCCCCGUUCGUGGCGGCCGCCUUGUCGUCGACAUAUCAAGAACGCACCACCGGUUCCGCGUAAUGAUGGUCCGCGCUCGAGUGCUGAUCCCAUCAACCGAUCCAACACCUUCAAUACAGAUCUCAUUGAUGACGUGCACUGCAUUGAGGCUGUUCCUUUGGAGGACUGGAGCAAAAGCGAUGAGAUUUCCAUGACUCAGGCUUUGGACAAGCCACCCUCUAAACAGGAUGGCUUCGGAGAUGAUCUCAUGCAUUCUGAGAGCGAGUAUGAGUCUCAUUUCCAUCCUAAACGACCGGCACGGUCACCUUGUUGA